UAGGCUUCUUCGGAGCCCGCCGGCUGCUUGCUGCUGCGGCUGCGCCUCCUUGUUCCUCGCGUCACCGCUGCCGCCAUGCCGGGAGGGCUGCUUCUCGGGGACGAAGCCCCCAACUUUGAGGCCAAUACCACCAUCGGCCCAAUCCGCUUCCACGAUUUCCUGGGAGACUCAUGGGGCAUUCUCUUUUCUCACCCACGGGACUUUACCCCAGUGUGCACCACAGAGCUUGGCAGAGCGGCAAAGCUGGCGCCAGAGUUUGCCAAGAGGAAUGUUAAGAUGAUCGCUCUUUCGAUAGACAGUGUUGAGGACCAUCUUGCCUGGAGCAAGGACAUCAAUGCUUACAAUGGUGAUGAGCCCACAGAAAAGCUCCCGUUCCCCAUCAUCGAUGACAAGAAGAGGGAACUUGCCAUCCUCUUGGGCAUGCUGGAUCCGUCAGAGAAGGAUGAAAAGGGCAUGCCCGUGACGGCCCGUGUGGUGUUCGUUUUUGGCCCUGACAAGAAACUGAAGCUAUCUAUCCUCUACCCAGCCACCACUGGCAGGAACUUUGAUGAGAUUCUCAGAGUUAUUAAGUCUCUCCAGCUGACAGCAACAAAGCGGGUUGCUACCCCGGUUGAUUGGAAGGAGGGCGAGAGCGUCAUGGUCCUGCCCACCAUCCCUGAAGAGGAAGCCAAAAGUCUGUUUCCCAAAGGAGUCUUCACCAAAGAUCUCCCAUCUGGCAAGAAGUACCUCCGUUAUACCCCGCAGCCUUAAGUCUUUGUGGGAGCUGGCUGCAGCUGCUCGGACACAGUGGACCUGAGGAUACCAGCUGACCGCCAUCUGUCCUCACCCAGUUCCAUAGAAACCUCCUGCUGUGUGAUCACAGCCAAAGUCACUUUACUACCGGCUCAUUAAAUGGAAAUGGCACCAACA